AUGACUGUGGCACGAUGCAACUCUAUGCCAACUGGUUUAAGAGAUACGUUAUACCAAAGCCUUCCACCAAGUAUCAAAUCAUCUUUGCGUUCGAGGCUUCGAUCAUUUCAUGCGAAAGAAGGGCUUACUGUUACAGAAAUUAAAGAUGAGAUGGAGAAAACAUUGCAUUGGCUUGUUCCAAUUGCCAUAAAUACAGCAAAAGCUCAUCAUGGCUUUGGAUGGGUUGGAGAGUGGGCGAAUACGGGAUCUGAAGUAAAUCGCAGGUCAACUGCUCCUAUGGAGAUUCUUCAAAUUGAAACUUUCCACCAUGCAGACAAAGACAGGACCGAGGCACAUAUUCUUGAGUUAGUUUUGUGGCUUAACCAUUUGCUACGUCGGGUAAAGGUUGAUAAACAAAAUGGCGAGGCAAAGUCAGCCACCAAAUCGCCAAUUCAAAAAACCCUCCAAGAAAAAAGUCCGAGUCCUAUGCAAUUGGCCAUCAGUGAUCCAUCACUUGAGCUAAGCCUUGUAGACCAAAAUAUGCUACAAAACGUAAUUAGCAUGAAAAGGAGCCGUGGAAUAAGUAAGAGUCAGGAUUUUGAUUCUAUGCAAGACAGGUCAAGCAAACAUGACAGACUGAGCAGAAGUACUGGGAACUCUCCAACUAGCGGAACCAAGGAGCCCUUCCCAGUUUCCAGUAAUGCCAUGAUUCAAUUUGGUUUUGAUAGGGAAAAAACACUGGAUGCUAUUGAUGGAGUGGAUACACGUAGAAGAUAA